UUAUAUUCUUCUCACCAACGGUGAAGGUUGUAAACAUAUUUACACAGUUUUAUAUAAAUAAAACAAAAAAUUAUUUAUCUUAAAGAAAACGGAAAAAAAAAAUUGAAAAGAAAGUCUUUUUAUUUGACACUAUCUAAUUUCGUGCGUGUGUGUUCAGAGAGCAAAGGCAAAGGACUUUAGGCAUGGAGUUGAACCUGAGCAGCGCCAUGUCGGGCGCGACCCUCAACUCGGGGUCGGUGAUGUUGAGAGCUCGCAAGAUCAAAAACAAGCGUCUGUUGCCGACCUUUGAUCUGUCGCUGGAGCAGAAGAUUGACAUCAAAAAGGCCUUCGAUCUGUUUGAUACGGAAUGCACCGGUUUUAUUGAGGUAAAGGAGCUGCGCGUCGCAAUACGUGCGUUGGGCUUUGAGCCGAACAAGGAAGAGAUUAAAAAUAUGAUGGAUGAGAUCGAUAAGGAUAAGACAGGACGCAUUGCGUUCAACGAUUUCUUGCACCUGAUGCGCUUGAAAAUGGCCGCAAAGGACUCCAAGCAGGAUAUACUAAAGGCCUUCUCCUUUUUCGACGACGAUCGCACCGGUCGCAUUUCGUUCAACAAUCUAAAGCGUGUCGCCUCCGAGCUGGGCGAGAAACUCACCGACGAGGAGCUCCAGGAGAUGAUCGACGAGGCUGACUUGGAUGGUGAUGGUGAAGUGUGCCGCGAAGAAUUCCUGACUGUGAUGAAGAAAACCAAUUUGAUUUAAAACCCGCAACCCAGGCAGGUCUAAGACACGCCCCGACUCUGGCUUAUAUUCGAAACACGCACACAGAGGAAACGACGUUCUAGUGCUCGACACUCGUUAUAAUAGCUAGCUAAUCAGAUUUCAGGCAGCCCACAACAUUUCAUCCCCCCACUUAAUCCCCCCAACUAUAUAUAUUGACAUAUCACAAAAUAUUUCUUGAAGAAGUUUGGAUAUGCUUCGGUUUAAUAAAGCACGUGUGCAGAAGAAAACAG